GAUCUGGGAAAGACUGAUAAAUUACUUUGUAUUUUGUGAAUCAUGGCAUCGUUUUUCUGCCACUACAGGUGAAUAAGUUUUUUCCCUACUUAUAGACAUGGGAAAGGAAGAGAUAUGCUGCUACCUUUGUUCUCUCCGGUAGAACAAUGAUAUUCUCAUCAAAGAAAUGUUGUUCAUCUCUGUGUCAAAAACUCAUGUUUGCUUGGGCAAUACAAUUUGAAUUUCAGUGUAUAAGUCUGAACCAAACUAAAUAUAACUAUGCUAUGUUCCUGUAAGAAAGAAGGGUAGUAUCAAAAGCUUCCAUGUAUUUUUAAUUUUCCAACCCUGUCAAAAUAAUUCUAUACCUAUUUCUUAAGAGAUGUGUAAAACCAAUUUCUUGGUAUCUGCUAUUAAUCCUCUUAGUGGACUCAGUGCAGAUGUGUGGGAAAAUGCUAGUCAGCUUUAGAUUAGAUUCUUCUGUACCUGAGGAAACAAGCAAAAUAAAAUCCUCAAAUCCUUGUCAAAUCUGGUGUUUAGGUGAAAUCCAGUGCAAGGCUAGAACAAUAGUUUGGGGUGGUUUUUAUUUUUUAAAUUUAAUAUUGUUUAUGGAAAGUUCAAUAUUGAAAUGGAAACCUUAUUGUGGGAGGUUGAAGACAAAGACUACAGAGUAUGUACAAGGUGACCUUCACUUAUUGAAUCCCCAGUCUUGGGUUUUAUGCAUGCACCAAUUACUGUGAUCAGAUUUAUGUGGUUUACAUUAAAUACAGUUUUCUUUGAAGAAACUUUCCUUUGGGAUACGUGGACACCAGCAGCUCCAAUCUGAUGUACAUGAAUGUACAAAAGAGGAUGCAGAAGAUCUGUUCAUCAGAACUGUUAAUCAGGGCGUGAGCCAACUUUCCCCAAGUCCUUUGUUUCCUAAACAAUUGUUGUACAUUCUUCUUCCUGUAACCAUGAAGUCCACAUAAGUAUGUUUUUCCUCCUGAGAUCCUGCCUUAUAAGCAAGAUAAAAUUGUUCUCUUUUCAGGGCGGAUAUAGAACUUGGCGUUACCUCGUGUAUGCAACGUGAUGUUGCUGACUAAACGGCAGAAAUUGAGUUAAUUAAUUAAUUGUAAAAGGACUGAAUCAGCGUUGUUGCCCAUGGACAUGGAAAGAGUAACUGUCACGAAUAGCGAAGCUGUUGAAAUACCAGCGUUUCUCGGCAGGGCUGGGCCCCGGGCAGGAAACUGCUGCCAGCCCUGCCCUCGCUCCCCGCCCCGCAGCGCUGCGAGCCCCCGAGCGGCGCGGGACGGACACGGGGACGGCGGGACGGACACGGGGACAGCGGGACACGGGCACACCGGAGCGUCCUUAGCGAGCGGGGCUCCUUGCCGGCACUCCCGUCAGUUCCAUGCUUGGAUCUCCUGACUGUCUUGGAUCUGUCUGUAAUACCAGUUGCUGCUGUUGCCUUGCUUUACUCAUUACCCCUGAGAAAGAGAUAACUCUCAAGGUUUAAGCUGGUAUCAAGCUACAAGCAGAUCUACAACAAUGCAAGGACCUCCACCUGCCACAGCACCUGGAGUGCCCUAUGGCUCCCCUCAGCAGGUCCCUGGGCCUUACCAAGGUGCAGGGAACUAUGGAUUCCAGGCACAGCCCAUGGCGUUCCCAGGAGGAUUUGUCCCCCCACCUGUCCAGAGCCAGCCCACCAUGGAUGGGACAAUCUGGAUGCCGAUCCCUCCUUCUAUUCCCAACUGCCCUCCUGGACUGGAGUACCUCACACAGAUUGACCAGAUAUUAAUUCAUCAGCUACUUGAAGUUCUUGAGCUCGUGACUGACUUUGAAGAAAACAACAAAUACGAGCUGAAGAACGCCCUGGGGCAGAGGAUUUACUUUGCAGCAGAGGACACUGACUGCAUGACCAGGAACUGCUGUGGGCCCGCCAGGCCCUUCACCAUGAAAAUUAUUGAUAACCUGGGCCGGGAGGUGAUAAGGCUGCACAGACCCCUCCGCUGCGACUCCUGCUGCUGCCCCUGCUGCCUGCAGGAGCUGGAAGUCCAGGCACCUCCAGGAACAACAGUUGGUUAUGUUGUCCAGAACUGGCACAUCUGCCUGCCAAAGUUUACCAUUCAGGAUGAGAAAAGAAAGGAUAUUCUGAAAAUUAAUGGCCCCUGUGUUAUGUGCCGGUGUUGUGAGGACGUUCAUUUUGAGGUGAUGUCUCUGGAUGAGGCUUGUCCUGUUGGGAGGAUUUCCAAGCAGUGGACUGGUAUUGUGCGGGAAAUGUUUACAGACACAGAUAAUUUUGGAAUCUCAUUCCCAAUGGACCUCGAUGUGAAAAUGAAAGCUGUCAUGCUUGGUGCUUGCUUCCUGAUCGACUUCAUGUUUUUUGAACGUAGUGGUCAUAAGCCUCAGAAAGCAGGAGUUUGGUAAUGAAAUCUAGAUGUUCUCUAUGGAAGGAAGAAGAACAUGGAUUUCCCAACUUUCCAAUGAAUUGCUGAUCUCCAGUCAGAAUAUGAGAAAUGUACAUGUUACAGUUAUAUUUCUGUAAGCUAAAAGCUUUAUGGUCUUAUCUAUUAUUUUUUUAAUAUGGUGAAAUAAUUUUUAAUAUUCAAAUAAGGGCUCUUUAUCUGCACAGAUCAAUAAUAUCAUUUAGAGAAAUAUAUUUCAACUUUUUUUUUUCCCAAGAACUCUGUAAUUUUAAAGUAACUAAUUAUAGUAGUUAUUUAAAACUACUAUAAUAAUACUUUGAUUCCUAAAAGAGAGGACUACUUUUAUAUUCAAUAUUAAUAAUAACCUAAGCCUAAUAAGGAGACACUGAUAUUUUCCUGGGUAUUCUUCUUUGGUCGCUUUGCCUUGGUGUUCACAUUCUGUUGUUUCUAUCUAUUAAAUAUAUACAUUUGAACAAAGUAAUGCAUUUGAACAGAACUAUCUGAAAUGAGUGUAAAAAGUAAUUACUGUGAUGCCCUGGGUGUGUGUGAACUGGAGCUCAUUUCCCCAGCAGCCCUCACGGGGCUGUGCUUUGCUCUGCUGAGAGCCCAGCAGUGCUUGGGUGCAGCUGAGCAGUGCUGGCCCAGCUCUGUCUCUCCAGCAUUCCCCCUUGUGAUGGUGUUUGAGGGUCCCCAGGAUGAGGGAAGAGAUGAGAAUCUUGACUCCAUGUUUCAGAAGGCUGAUUUA